AAUCAAAUUCAAACUCAGCACAAUAGCAUUUGUUCCGGCAGGAGUAACAUCUACAACUAACAUGGCCUAAAUUUUCCAAGAUCAAUCAACAAAAUUAUAGUUAAAUAAAAAACCCGUUAAAUAAAAUUCAAGUAACAAGAAUCCAGUACCAUGGCUCUCGUAUUACGGAAAGCGGUUAUGCCGAAGAAUGUAUCCCUCCUCAAAUGCAUUAAAGGCCGACCCUUGGCAACAGCUUCAAAUAAGAAAAAUGCUGCCCCAUUGUUUCACAACGCAAUGAAGAGGACUCUCUGCAAGCGAACACAGAGUUUUGGAGUAAAACACUUCUGUAACCAAAGCAAUAUAGAACUGCAGAAGGAAGAUGUCGUCAAAUCUAAAGGGCGCCUAUACAGAAGUAUUUCCUGUCCGUGUCUUAGGCCGAACGGAAACGACCGUCCCGUUCACAUAAAACGCGCUGCAUCUGCCAUCAGCCUUAAAGAUAUAGCUCCUAGAUUCAGGAUUCCUGGAGUAGUAUUCAAUCAAAUUACGCCAAACUUUAUGCAGUUACGAGCUGCGUCAACAUCCUCUGCCAUAAAGGAUAUAACUAGCGUAUGUGCCUGUCCCUGCGCGCCGUGCGGCUGUAAUUGUCUUCCACCGCCUUGCAAUACUCCUGCUAAAUGUCUGCAGUAUAUGACUGGUUAUUACUAUUAUCCCUAUGGUACUUGGUUUUGUGGACCUUACCAUAUUUCUACUGGACCAUGUGGUCCUUGUGCCGGUCCAGUUAGACCCGACGGUUGCGGUGGCCCUGCGCCACCUUGCCCAGGAGGUCCGUGUGGUCCUGCAUGCAUUGGACCUUGUAAGCCGUGUGGCCCUUGCAUAUGUGGACCCUGUGGCGCAUGUGGUCCAUGCGGUCCCUGUGGUCCUUUAAGUUGUUGUGGUUUCUGUGGCAUAGGGAACUCGUUCCCAAACUAUCCUCCGGGAAGUCCUUACGACUUCUCAUCAUUUAAUGCUUAUGGCGCGUAUGGCCCGUAUACACCGCAACCACCGCCUAUGUUCCCUAAUCAGCCCAUGCAACCAAAUUUUUGCCCUCCAUUUAAUUCUUUCCCACAACCACAACCACAAUUUGGUCCAGUGAAUUUGCCGGGCAAUCAUUUUGGACCAUGCUAUGACGUUCCCAUGCCUUCGCCGAUCCCAAUAGACGCUUUACCACAGAACCCUUUCAUGCCCCCACCCUCAAAUGCCCCGAACCCCCCCGGUCCAGUUCGUCCUAGUUACAAUUUUGCCAAACCCACACUAAAGGACUCACCGACAACAGAAAACGUUCGUUCCGCACCAUCGAUAGACGGCCCAUGCCCAAAGAACCUAACACCAAAAUCCUUACGCAUGUCACCGCUGUCGAGGUAUGAGAACAGCUUAAAAAUGGGUUCGUCCAGUCGUCCCCCAAGAAUGAAUGGCCGCGCUUUACAGGAUAUCAACACUAGUUUCGUUUGCCACUUCUCCACUGGAAGUAUGCAGACACGUGCCAUUGAAACUGACAGAAAUAGAUCUAAUAUAUUUAGGGCACAUACAAAGAAAACUUGCAAAGGAUCCUGCAAUAAGCCCUUCUGCCAUUGGUGUCCCUUGAAAGGAAAAUAAGUUUAACGAAAACCCAAUCCUUAGAUUUUGAGGCUCAGCGCACUGAUUGGUUGCAAAUAUAAGGAGAAUAGUUGAGCUUUCUUUCAGCCACAAGUGGUAAAACAUCUAUUUUAAAAUAAAACUGAAAAUCGGUAAAUGUUAAUUUACUUUCCUAUUUCGCAAGAUCUAAGAUUUCCGUCAGAUUCUCUAAUGUUCAACAGUGUGCGUGGAUAUAAAAUAAUUGGUAAAGUAGGUAAACCUUGUAGAUUGUUGCCACUAGGGGAUUACCUAAGUGAAAUUUAAUAAUGAUUUAAAACUUAAUCCUAAGUGGCUAGUAUAAAAAAUAUGGUUUACUAUCAAAUAAUAUUAUCUCCAUUGAGCUCUAAACGAUUUAUAUACCGCAUGAUAAAAUACAAACAGUUGGCUUAAGUUUUCCACAUUGGUUAUUAUAAAUAAAGUAUGAUAAACA